AUGUCUGCAAAACGUGUCUUCGAGAAGUUCGAUAAGAACAAAGACGGUAAACUAUCAUUAGACGAGUUUCGUGAAGUGGCUCUUGCGUUCUCUCCUUACUUUACUCAGGAAGAUAUCGUAAAGUUUUUCGAAGAGAUCGACGUGGACGGUAACGGCGAGCUAAACGCCGACGAGUUUACUUCGUGCAUUGAGAAAAUGUUGAAGGAAGUGUUUGUUUUCUGUGAUGUUGACGGUGACGGGAAGAUACCAGCCAGCGAGUCCUAUGUGACUAUGACUAGCCUCGGAAAGAAAUUCACCGAGGAGACUUCUGCCGAAAAGGUCCGAGCGGCGGAUGUCGAUGGUGAUGGCUAUUUGAACUUUGACGAGUUUAUGGCUUUGGUUAUUGGUGACAUAUAA